AUGUCGGAGCCCGUCCACAUACCAAACUCCAAGUCGGAGCCCGCCCUGGGCACAGCCUCAGGGGCCUCGGAAACCCCGCUGGCAGGAGACUCUACACAUGCAAACUCAGCUCUUCAAGACGUCGAGGGACACCACUCGUCAUCUGGGUCGCCUGGCCUGACCCGCAAUGGAUCAUUCUCAACGAGCAGCAAGUACGAUGACGACGACGAUGACGAUGAGGCCUUCCCUCCUCUCGAGCGUCUGUCUAUCUUUGACAUGAUAGAAAACCUCGCUCUCCCUCAAAGAUUCGAGAAAUUCCAGCAGACCAUCGCAACCCAACGGGAUAAGUUGCAACGACAGCAGGAGAGGUUGAAGUCGCAAGGCUUGACGGCCAAGGACAAGGUCAUCGACGAAUGGAGGAGGCGUUUGCCCCCUACAGCUGACGAGCAGUUGGACAAAUACAGGAAGCGAAUGCGCGAGUCUGUGGAUCGCCUGGGCAAGAGAUGGAAUGAAAACAAGGCCGUCACUGCCCGCGAGAAGGUCGCGUUCAUCGCAGGUGUCUUGAACAUCUUCAUCAGCGGCUACCUUAUUGGCGCGCAGCCGGAGUGGUUUCAUAUCUGGUACACGGUGCAGCUGCUCUACUUCAUGCCCGUGAGGUAUUACACGUAUCACAAGAAGGGCUACCACUACUUCCUGGCGGACCUGUGUUACUUCACCAAUCUGCUAGCUGUUUUGGCCAUCUGGGUCUUCCCGAACAGCAAACGGGUGUUCAUCAGCACGUACUGUCUGGCUAUGGGCAACAAUGCUGUGGCGAUUGCCAUGUGGCGGAAUUCGCUGGUGUUCCACUCUCUGGACAAAGUCACCUCACUCUUCAUUCACAUCAUGCCCUGCGCGACACUUCACUGUAUGGUCCAUCUUGUUGCUCCAGAGAUCCAACGGGCACGUUUCCCCGCGCUCUACACCAUCAUCCAUUCCCGGCCCGGCGACCCGGAGCACUACACCCUGCCGCAGAUGGUCGUCUGGGCCACCGUCCCUUACGCCAUCUGGCAGCUAUCGUACCACUUCGGAAUCACCGUGCGCCGCCGUGAACAGAUCGCAGCCGGACGUCCGACGUCCUUCACCUGGCUGCGAAAGUCAUACGCGCCCACGCUUCUCGGAAAAGCAGUGCUCUCGCUGCCAGACAGUCUGCAAGAGCCCGCCUUCAUGCUUAUCCAGUACUCGUAUGCCGUGCUGACCAUGGUCCCCUGUCCACUGUGGUUCUGGUACCGCUGGGCCUCAGCCGGCUUCCUCACGACCGUCUUCGUGUGGAGCAUCUACAACGGCGCGACGUACUACAUUGACGUGUUCGGCAAGCGUUUCCAGAAGGAGCUGGACGCCCUGAAGCGCGAUGUUGCGAAGUGGCAGAGCAGUCCGGACUUCCCGAAGACGCCGAUGGAGGAGCAGCCGCCGAAGGUGGAGGGUGCGGGCGAGGAAGCGAAUGGCUCGGUGAAGCAGGAGAACGGCGAGGUCCCGAACAAGGAGAGUGAUGGCGGUAUUGAGCAGAUUCCGCUGCUGGAUAAGCCGGGCACGGCUACUGGUGCGCAGAAGGAGGGAGGGGAUGGCGAGUUGAGGGAGCGGAAGUAG